UGUGACAGCGGUUUGUUAUGAUUUCAUCGCUAAAAAUACCGUUUUUCCAGCGGUGCAAAGUUUGUUUGGCCUUGGUGCGUGACGAAUAUGUGCCGUGUGUUUUCCUUCGUGCAAAUCAACCUCAUCUUACACACCCUUUAGAAGCAACUCGCUAGCCAUGAAAUAAUCGAACCCAUCAGUGCUUAACAGCAUUCGUUUACAGCAAGAAAACAAAUGCACAGGCUACGGCGUUAGUUCUUUCUGUGCAGCACACGUCGAUCGGGGUGCAAAAUGAGUACCCGGCCAAGCCCCGCUCCAUUUAAACGAUCGAUCGAUGGAUUGUUCAACGUGUGGCUUAACCUACGAAAUCAAGGGCAUGAAAAACCGCUCCGUAACGCACUGUACAAUGUGCUCGUGGUCGGCGUGAUCGCGGUCGUCAUCGGUGUAACACUCGUGCUGGCCCCCUUCUUUAAGCCACUCCUGUGGGCAUUUUUGUUCGGCGCGGUACUGUUUCCGGCGAAGAAACAUCUAUCCGCUUCGCUGAAGCGUUGGAUCGAGCGGAUCGAGAAGGAUGACAAAUACCUGUUGCUUGGUGUGGUGGGCGCUCCUCUGUGCUGGGUGGAUUCACUGGGAGAGUUUCUUACCAGCUGGUUAAAGGACCAUCUGAAGAUAAUAACGGGGCUAGUCGGUGGGCUAGUUACGUUGCGUUUCAUACUGUGGCUAACGCCCAGUGAGGUGUUUUUCUCAAUAUGGAACUUUAUCGUGUGGAUUCACUCGCUGUUCCGAACGCUGCUGGGUUCGCUCUCGCUCCAAAUGGUGGUCGUAAUAUUGGUGGUGUACGUCGUAAGCGUAUACUUCCUCUGGACACCGGACCAUUCCAUGCCGUUCCUGGUGAUUGGCCAGUUUCUGUGGAUGGUUAUCGUUGGGUAUGGUAGCAGUUUUCUCGGAGCGCUACAGGUGCCCGUAUUUCUCGGCCUACUCAUGUACGGGCUGAUCGGAUUGAUAUACAACCUGCAAAAAGAUGAACGCAACGUGCGCUUCAUCGACAAGUGGCAUAGCUUGCUAGACGUUACUAGCUACAGGCUGGAGGACUCUAUGCUCGCCACAAAUCCGGCCCAUUUGGAAGGAUCGCGUAUUGAGGAGAUUAAAGCAAAGCUGCGGCUUGACGUCACGGCGACGCCACAGCUUUCCAGCACGAUGAACGAACCGCUCGGCCACGGAACUACCUACCCACCCAGUAUGCUGAGCAACGUGGAAUCGCUCGAAAGUGACACAUAUUUUCGGCUGCUGUUUUACGCCUGCGGUGCAACACUGGUUUGGAUGCACACGUGGCUGCUGUUUCUCGGCUGCAUCCCGAUUUUUCUACACAUCAUACGGAGAGCGGCCGAAUUUCUGGGCAUCAUUGCGUACGUGUCGCAAAAGUCGCAUCAGUACUGGCAGGCGCUUAAGCUGUGGCUGUUCCCGCGCCAUGCGGCACUGCUGCCGUUAUGCUUGCCAGGAAUAUUGCGGCUUAACACCAACAUUCAUCGCUACGCAUGUGCCAAACUGCGCUCGUACAUCGAUGACAUCACGUCGAUCGUAAUGAUAGGCUUUCUGAUCGUGAUCGUAAUGCUAAUCAGCGUGUUUGCGUUUGCACAAAUCUACUCGGAAGCGAUUGCCGUCGCACAGCUUGGAUCGAAUCUCGUCAACCGCACCCUGAUACACCGACCGGAACUGAUAGAAAUGUUGCCAAUCGAUAUGCAAUCAAUGGAUAACAUUAUCGACAAUGCGUACAAAUACGGUCGCUCUCACAUCGAGCAGUAUGUGGAUGGUAUCUUCAACGAUACCGAUCCGACCCAGGCGAUCAAGCUGAAGAUGCAGAUCCUAAGCGUUUGGGAUCGGUUGAUACAAAGCUGGAUGGAUCGUAGCAAUGGUGAAGGCAUGGUUGGGCCACGUGUUCCCGCACAGGCAAUACGUAUGACGAUCGACGAAAUUUUUAUAAACCCCAUUACGAAGGCAGGUCUGAUUGGCUUCAUUAAGAGCAACUUUGGUAUGCUUUGGGAGGUGGCCGAUUCACUGUGGAUGCUGUUAAGAACAAAUCUGACACUGCUACUGUCCGCUGUUGGCACGCUUGUAUCGGCCAUCCUUGGCGGUGGUCAUGCGGUUUUGAAAUUUUUAUUCCAUACGAUCAUUUUCUUUACGACACUUUUUUAUCUGCUACAAAGCAGCCAAGAUCGUUACGCACCGACGGCAAUUACCAUCAACAAUUCGUGGGGACCCCGUAUCAUACAGGCGUUGGAAGAUUCUAUAUCGAGCGUAGUCGUGGCCACGCUAAAGCUGGCCCUAUUUCAUGGGCUGUUUACCUGGCUCACGCACACCGUGUUUGGGGCGCACAUCGUUUAUCUGCCGGCUGUGCUGGCAUCGAUUUUAGCGGCCGCCCCAUUCCUGGAAACGUACUGGUGCAGUGCACCCGCCUUUCUCGAUCUGUGGUUAUCGCAGGACCGGUUCUGGCUUGGUAUCACCUUGGUGAUGAUACAUUUUAUCGUCCCGUCCAAUUUUAAUCCGAUCAUUCACUCGGAGAUAAAAGGGGGAGGUCAUCCGUACCUGACGGGUUUGUCAAUUGCUGGCGGAAUGUAUUUAUUCGGCUUGGAAGGUGCAUUGCUGGGACCGCUGUUACUUUGUUUGCUGGUUGUUUUGUUUGAAGUUACCAUUAGCGCUAUCCGAGAUAGCCCGGCCACGCCGCAGACUAGAAAAUCAAGCCUAGAUACAAACAACGACAUUUAUUCUCCCGCGACGACCAAACCAACGACCGGUCCAUCGGCAGCUUAUUUGAUACGGACCAAAGAUGGCAAGUUUUUAAACUCACCAUUGGCAAUGAACUGCACCGCAUCUCCCACGUGCAUGACUGUCCGUGGCACACCGUUACACUGAACGCCCCAGACAUGCUACAUAACACUUCUGCUUCUAUUGUCACGCUCUAACACAUGUUCGAUCAUUCUAUGUCAUUACGCAUUACAUCUUUCAUACAUCUUUUCACCUGAGCAAAAUUGGUUAGAUGUCACUGUAUGUUUUAUGCUUGUAUCCUUCAUUCCUCCCUCCCAUUCACACGUCACACGGUGUGCAUGUAAUCUGCAUCCCCCGUCUUCCCUUCGCUUAUGCGCAUCGCCGCUCGUACGAUCAUCAACAAUUGGUAACAACGAUGUUGCGGAUCGUGCUCAGCAACAACUUCCGGUAUGCAGCAUUCCAGGAGCAGAUGAGCGCGGACGGACGUGCUGCGGUGCCGGUGGCAUCGAGCGCAACCAAUGUCACCGGAAAUGAUGCUAUGGUACCGACCGGCUCGGAUCGUUCUAUUA